GUUCGCUCUCAUUAAUGGAGAUUCACCUUUGUAUAAGUUGUGACACCUCGCGGCCACCGUUAAGUGGAGAUGUAAUAUUUUCCGGUAAAGUAGUUCAGCAGUUUCCUAAGACAUUAAGUGAAGAAAAAGUUCAUAGAAAAUGUAAAAUUGCGUUAGUUUAACCUGGAUAGGUUAUGCUAAUCUAUGUUUUAGAUCGCUGCUACGAGCGCGAUAAACUUUCGCGAAUCGUGUCUGUAAUCGUCGUGUACAUACGAUAUAGUAACAUAUAUUGCAACAGGGCGCCUCGAAGUGUAUUAAAACAUUGAUCGGUGCAGUGAAAGUGGUAAAAAGUAACGAAAUCUAAGCAUUUUUACAUCAUGUAACCGAUUUAUUGUAUCCAGUAGUCUUUUAAGUUCUCAUCAAUGCCUGUGCUAAUCAAUGCCUGUGCUACACACACACACAAGGUUAAAGUGCAUUGAUUCGUAGUUGUUGUUUUCUUCUGGGGCAUUAAUAGAUUAAAAAAAAAGAGAGAGAAAAAAAUGAGUGGAGAUAUGUUUGAGGGAAAGGAUUACCCAACCCAGUGGGCACUAAAUCCUUCCACUUACCAAAAUAUGAGUAACGAUCAAGUUGACUGGGCAGCAUUAGCUCAGCAAUGGAUCAAAAUGAAAGAGACUGUAGUGCCACCAGCACCACCACCACCUUCUAUUAAUCCUAUAUGCCCUGGAACCGAUGGUAGCGGAGAAGCUCCAAUGGAUAUGGAUACAAAGGAAGAUGAUGUACCACCAGCACCGCCUGCACCAACAAUCAGUGGAUCAGCUGAAGCUUGGAAUCAGUGGACUCAGUGGGGCCAUUGGAAUACUUCAGGUUCUGGUACAGGCACUUGGGAAUGGACUGGUGUACCUCCUCCUGGUGUUUCUAUAGGUUCUGAUGGAAAACCUAUGGGAAUUCCAACAGUGCCUGUUAUUCCACCUGCUCCAACUAUAUCGACAACGUCAGAAUUUAGUGUGCCACCACCAGCAACACCAUCGUUGUAUUCUUAUAAUUCAGUACCUCCAACACAACCUUAUAGUCAGGUAACUAGCUACUGGUCUGGAGAACCACCUACUACAAUACCUCCUCAACCACCUCCUUUUAUGAAAGGAGUCAGAUGCACGAACAGAGCACCACACAUGAGGCCCAUGGAUACAGUAAGGUGUAGAGAAGAUAGGGAAAAAACACCCGAGGAAGAUACAACAACAACCAUAGACGCGGCAAAACGUAGACAAUUGCCAGCAUGGAUUAGGGAAGGUUUAGAAAAGAUGGAAAAAGAAAAACAGAAAGCUGUCGAGAGAGAACGACAGGAGAUACUAAGGAAACAAGAGUUAGAAGCCCGAAAGCAAGCCGAGGAUGAAGCUCGGGCAGUAUUGAAUCCUAGUAAAAGUAAAUUUGACUCUGAUUCUGAGAAAGAGACAGAACAAGAUGACGAAGUGGUACGUAAUCAACAAGUGACUGAAAAGAGUUUCGAACGUACUCCAGAUAUUCUUCUUCGUCCACGGAAAUCACGAUUUCGAGAUGCGGACUCGCCAGAUGCGCAUACGCAUAUAGAUAGAAGUCCAACCAUAUCUAACACGGCUAUAGCUAUUCCGAAGCGAACAAGAGAGGAGAUACUGCAGGAUGUGAUUUCGUUCGGUAUAGAUGUUAAAGGUACGGAGAUCGUUGACGGAAAUUCUUCUGGAGGUAACGAACGAAGAAAUUGGUUCUAUAUGCAGAGAGGUUUGGAGCCGCACACGUGCCAAAGGAAACGGUGAAACGGCGGCAACAAGCGUUCAAAAAGACGGAGGAGGAAAUCGAGGCGCGUCUAGCGGAGGAGGAUGAGAGAGAGGAGCAACGUUACGAGGAGCAGUAUAAUAAACAACAGGAAAAUCAUACUGGUAAUACAAGCUGCAAAGAGUCAGUUGAUGAAAAAGAAACGAUAAAUAAUCAAAGAGAAGCGUCUGAAACUUUGUCGAGCGGCGGACAAAGUCCACAGCAACAAAUAUUGCCGCCUGAUAUGGCAAAGACCAAUACUCCAUCAGGCUCAGCCGAUUCCGAAUCUAGCAGUUCUGAGUCUACGAGCUCUGACUCGAGCCGUAACUCGUUAAAGAAGAAACGAUCGAGCAAGGCUCGCGAUCGUGAAUAUCGAAAGAGGAAGUCGAAGAGUAGAAGCAAAUCGAGAGGCAGAAAAUCUCGAUCUCGUUCUUCCGAGCGUGGCCACAAACGCAAGUCCAGAUCUAGAUCGAUAAAGUCUCGUCGUCGAGCAAUUAUAGGUCCAGCAAGAAGCACAGAUCGAGAUCGAGAAAUCGCAAACGCCGUAGAUCUCGCUCGAGGAGCUGUCGUAGAUCUAGAUCCAGCUCGGCCACCAGGAAAUGGUCACGAUCGCGUUCCAGGGGAAAAAGGAAAUCGCGCUCCCAUUCAAGAGGCAGAAGAAGAAGUCGGUCGUAUUCCACGAGACGCAGUAAAUCUCGCGCCAGAGACAAACGAAGAUCGCGAUCCCGAUCUAGGGCCAGAGACAGAUCUCGAACACGUUCGAAGGAGCGAAAACGUUCGCAAUCUUACGUUUCCAGGAGCAAGAGAAGGACACGAUCUAGAUCUAGGGAUCAUAGAAAAUCACGAUCGAGAUCAAGACAGUCGAAUCAUCGGGACGGUAAGAAAUCGUCGUCGCAUCGGUACAGGAAUUGAACCUGACCAAACUUCUAGCCAAGGUUGUAUAUACAUAUUCAUAAUUAAAUAA